GAGGGGAAGGUGCGCGGGAAGGUAACUUUAGGCAUUCGUAGUAGCUGCUGGGACCCAUUAUAUGCCCUAUCCCGUCCCGGUUCGUGUGCAAAACAAGCUCGACUUUAGUACUUAUGUACCAUGAAGUGCCUGAUCACCGGGGGCAACGUGAAGGUGCUGGGCAAGGCUGUCCAUUCGCUAUCCCGAAUCGGGGACGAGCUCUAUCUGGAACCCUUGAAGGACGGGCUCUCACUACGGACUGUGAACUCGUCCCGUUCUGCCUAUGCCUGCUUCCUUUUUGCACCACUCUUCUUCCAGCAGUACCAGGCGGCUUCCCCUGGUCAGGACCUGCUGCGCUGUAAGAUCCCGAUGAAGUCCUUCCUGUCUGUCUUCCGCUCUCUGGCAAUGGUGGAGAAGACUGUGGAGAAGUGCUGCAUUUCCCUCAGUGGCAGCCAUAGCCACCUGGUGGUCCAGCUCCACUGCAAGUAUGGGGUCAGGAAGACACACAACCUCUCCUUCCAGGACUGUGAGUCCCUGCAGGCUGUCUUCGACCCAGCCUCAUGCCCUCACUUACUGCGUACCCCAGCACGGGUUCUGGCAGAGGCUGUUCUGUCCUUUCCCCUUGCAUUGACUGAGGUGACGCUGGGCAUUGGCCGUGGCAGACGGGUCAUCCUACGCAGCUACCAGGAAGAGGAGGCAGAUAGCCCCAGCAAAGCCAUGGUGACUGAGACCAGCAUCGGGGAGGAGGACUUCCAGCAGCUGCACGCCCCAGAAGGGACAGCUGUCACCUUCUGCCUCAAGGAAUUUCGGGGGCUCCUGAGCUUUGCAGAGUCAGCGAAUUUGCCUCUUACUAUCCACUUCGACGUUGCAGGCAGGCCAGUCAUCUUUACCAUUGAGGAUUCCUUGCUGGAUGCCCACUUUGUCUUGGCCACACUCUUAGAGCAGGACUCAUGUUCCCAGGACCCAUGUUCCCCAAAGCCCCACCAGCCAGUGCCUCAGAAGCAGGCACACAGCACACCCCACUUAGAUGACUUUACCAGUGAUGACAUCGACGGUUACAUGAUUGCCAUGGAAACCACCGUAGGCAAUGAGGGCUCCGGGGCACAGCCUUCCACAUCCCUCCCACCUGUCUCCCUGGCCUCCCGUGACCUUGCCACCUCAGAGGAGGAAGAGGAGGAAGCUGAGCCCAGUACAGUGCCUGGGACUCCCCCACCCAAGAAGUUUCGUUCACUUUUCUUUGGCUCCAUCCUGGCCCCUGUACACUCCCCCCAGGGUCCCAACCCUGUGCUGGCUGAAGACAGUGAUGGUGAAGGAUGAAUUUGAGAAACUAAAGUCUGUUCAAAGGCUCACGGACUAGAAGCAGGCCCAGCCACUGGCAGAGUUGGGCAUCAGUCCCUAGGGAUGGACAUGGGAAAAAGUGGGGCCUACCCAAGGCCCCACUUGGCUGUCUGCUGCAGAGCUUCCUCGGAGCCAUGUUCGGUCUGUGGUCUAUAUUUAUCCAGCCUGUACCAAUCAUGUCUCUUUGUGGUGCCCACCUGUCACCUGACAGACCCUUCACCUCUUACUUACUUUGAGGCUCUAUAGUACGAAUUCUGGCCAAAGCCAGAAACUCAGCUUCCUCAGGCUCUCCUGACUCUAAAACAGAUCAGUGUUGAAUACCCUCUGCCAAACAUGAACUCCCACCAGACCCUUCUGUGGUCCAAAGGAACUGUUUCUCUUUCCUAACACUUGGGCCUUGGCCUAGAAUCCUAAUAGCCUCUGGACCUGAUUGUGUCACUGGUGUUGCCCUGGCUGGGCCCAUGUUCAGUCGCUCAGCCUGCCCUCCUAGGUGGCUUUGUACCAAAGAACUGCUGGGACAAGAGAGACAGAGGCCAUGGUGAGAAUCCAGCUUUGACCUUUAUUCAAGAGACCAGAUGGGUUGCCCCAGGAUCUGGCUGCCAGCCAUGCAAGGCUGGAGACCCACAAUCUGGUCUGCCAUUGCCCUGAGCUGCAGCCUUGGCCCCAGGAUUCCACUUGCAGCCACCACAGGUGCUGGUGGGAGGGAGCCCUGGGGGAUUAGAUGCUGCUGUUGAUUCUUUAAAAAAUAAAGGAAAGACACUUAA